AGUGUACGACAACUUUAGGGUAGUCCCACAAAGAUUUUUAUUCCAUCAAAUUAUGGAUUACCCUUAGAUUAAUUAAUGCCCUUUUAUUUUAUUUUAUUAUGUUUUCUUGUCUUAAAAUAAAAAAUAAAAAAUAAAAAAAACUCUUUUAGAAAGAAUUAUUAAUCUCACCCUUUUUUCUCCCUAAUUUCUUCUAGUUAGUGUGAAAUGAUCUUGAUUUGAUCCGUUUUAAUUUCUCUCUCCUAAGUUAAGAAAAAAAAAAACAUGUUCCCUUUCCAACGAAGUUGUGAGCUGUCGUUCAAAAUUAGUGAUGAGGGGGACCAAAUUGAAGAAGAAGAUCAGAUUAUGUUGAAUGAUAAUAAUGUUUCGGUUGGCCUCAAUUAUACAACUAGUACUAAUCCUGGCCGAGGCCGAGGUAGAGGUGGUCGAGGUCGUAGAUCAUCAUCAUUAUUAGCUAGUAGUAGUAAUAAUACUAAUACUGCUAAUAAUGAUGAUGAUGAAAGAAAGGUUAUGCAUAGAGAAUAUGAACGUCAAAGGAGGCAAGAAAUGGCUGAUCUUUAUAAUUCCCUUCGUUUAACCCUUCCUUCUGAAUCUACUCAGGGAAAGAAAUCAACAAGUGACCAUAUAGGGGAAGCUGUGAAUUACAUACAACACUUGAAAAAGAAUGUAAAGGAGCUUGAAGAGAGAAGAGAUCAGCUUAAACAAUCAGUAGAUCAACAAGAAUCGACGAGUUCAACUUCUGAAUUAGGUGGAUCCAGCAACUCAUCUGUAACAAUUAGACAAUCUGUAGUUGGUUUUGAAAUAGAAAUUAGAGUUGGAUGUGAAGAUGAAGACCGAUUUUCGCUGUCAAGUGCUAUACAAGUUAUUUUUGAUGAAGGACUUGAAGUUGUGAGUUGCACUUCAACCAAAUUCAAUGAUAGACUAAUUCACCAUUUGCAAUGUCAGGUAGGAAACACAGCAUGCAUUGAUGUGAAUCAACUACAACAGAAAUUAAAUAACCUCGUUUGCUGAUUAUAUACACUAUCAUUAUACAUAGCUUGUUAUGGUCUGUGACUUGAUCCAAUUCUAGGUUUUUGUUUUCAAAAUGGAGGGAGCGUCGUGUAUGAAACAAGUUAUAUGAGUUUAGAAGUAUGUUCAUUUGAUAGUUCAUCAUUUAGUAUUUUGGCAAUCAAUUCGUAUUGCUAGUGCAGGAAGGGUGUAUGUAUGAAACAAGUUACGAGUGUAGAUGAACAAUCAUUUGGUUGUUCUUUUAUUAUUUAGGCAAUCAAUCGAAUAUUGCUAGAGCAGUGAGGUUCUAUGAAACAAGUGUAGUUGUAUUCUUGUAUAUUAUAAUUUUGUGAGAGAUAUUUGUUUAAUCUUGAAGAGAAGUAAAAUAUAUAUUAGCGAGCAAAUUAUGAUA